AGUGCAAACCGUCAGAAUGCUCACAUUCACCUUGGCCCUUACGAUAGGGUACCUUUUGAGUAUCUUUCCCUCGUCGGGUUUGGGGGCUGAAGCAACGACGGAUAGCAUUUCUGCCUCAUCAUGUGGUGCCCAUCCCACGAGCGCCUCUACGGCUCCAUCUGGUGCUGUGGUUGUUGACUCGACCAAGUCAACGACUGGCUCCUUUUCCAAUUUGACUGCCGCGCUGGCAUCACUUCCCAGCGACUCUUCAUGCCAAACCAUUUUUAUGAAACCUGGAACAUAUAUUGAACAAGUUUCCGUCAAUCGGCCUGGCCAAACUGUCAUCAUAGGGUAUACCACAAGCAGCCCCGGUAAGAGCUAUUCUGGUAACCAGGUGACUGUCUCAUAUAGCCGCGGCCUCUCGGUAUCACCGCUUCCCGCAGGUCACUCGGACCCCGAGACCGCUGUCAUCUCUACGGCGUCCUCGAAUGUUGCUUUCUAUAAUGUCAACUUCAUCAACACUGACAACCUAAAUGGAGCUACUGCUAAUUAUGUAACCCUGGCUGCUUCGAUCUAUGGUAGCCACAUCGGAUUCUACGGAUGCAAUUUCACAGGCUGGCAAGACACUCUUCUCACUGGGUCUACAAAUGGUUAUCAAUAUUACGAGUCUUCCUAUAUAGAUGGAGCCAUUGACUUCAUCUGGGGUUAUUCAGCUGCAUACUUCAAAGGAUGCACAAUUGCAGCUAAGAAGAAGGGAGGUGCCAUCACAGCACACAACCGCAAAGAUGCAAGUGGUAAAGGCAUUUACGUGUUUGACCAGUGCUUGGUAACCGCUGCGAAAGGCUAUGAGUCCGCGACAAAAUCAGGAGUUUAUCUUGGGAGGCCUUAUUCGGAGUAUGCAAGGGUUGUUGUCAAGAAUUCUUACCUGGAUUCUGUAGUUCAGCCGGCUGGGUGGGAACAAUGGAGUUCUUCGGACCCUCGACUAAAUAACAUCUUAUUCGCCGAGUUUAGCAACACCGGUCCGGGAAAUUGGGAGAAUAAUGCUGCCGCACGCAAAAGCUUUGGCAAAGCAACCUUGCUGACGUCGGAUAGUUAUACCCUUUCUAAUGUCAUGGACUCGACUUCCUGGAUUGAUAUGACGUACUGGAAAAGUAUUAGCACCCCUUCGAAGAUUUUGACACGAAGGGAUGAUUCCGACGAUUCAGUUACAACACUGGCCGAGGCAGACUCCACCUCUCCAGCUGCGGGAGAUUACAUCGUGUCUAAGACCCCUAUCCAAGGCAAAACCGUCUACUCAACUUUCGCCCAAGCAAUUGCAGCUAUCCAAGGGAUCUCAAACAAAGAAACCGUAACAAUUUUCAUAUAUCCCGGUCUCUACAAAGAGCAAAUCGUCUUCAACCGAUCUGGCACUACGAUCUUCCGUGGAUACUCGGAGAACCCAUCUGACAACACGAAAAAUCAAGUUAUUCUCCAGAACAGCGUGGGGGUUGAUACGCAAGCCGACCAGAGCAACUCGGACUCAGCGACUUUGUAUUCCAGGGCCACGAACCUUCAGCUUUUUAACAUCAAUCUAAACAAUGUCUUUGGGCAGACACGCAACUACGCUUCCCUCGGCUUCGCUAGUGGUAAUAACGGAUAUACAUCCUUCUACGGGUGCCAGAUCACCGGCAACCAAGACACUUUCGACAUGAAUGUCGGGACCAGCGUCUUUGCGUACAACACAUUGGUCGAAGGGUCGAUUGAUUUCAUCUGGGGCGCGGGGACGGCCUACUUCCUUAACUCGACAAUUGUGCCUAACAAAGAUGGCGGUAGCAUCGCGGCUAUGAAAAGAGCUUCUAGCACCACUGCUGGGGGCCUUGUAUUUGACCAAUGUACCGUCGCUGCGACAAAGGACGUCACAGCUGGCUCGGUCUUCUUAGGUCGGCCAUAUAACGAGUACUCCCGAGUCGCAUAUAUCUAUACUUAUCUAGACGCCUCAAUAUCGACAGCGGGGUGGUCGGUUUGGGGGAAGUCGGAUCCUAGAACAGACCACAUUCUGUUUGGCGAGUACCAUAACACUGGUCCAGGAGCCUCCACAAGUGGCCGCGCUACCUUCUCAAAGCAACUUUCCGAUUCGGAUGUGAAGCAAUUCAAACUUGCCAAUUUUUUCUCUUCUCAGGGAACUUCAUGGAUUGACAUGACUUAUGUUAAAACGACCCCUUUUUGAUAACCCCUUCCACCUAAUGUCCUGGGGUGAAAUAUACUACAGUUUAAGAGCGCAUUGAAUUAUUCCGUAUGAUUAUAUAAACCUUUAAUAUAUCAUUCAUAUGUACAUAGACUAUUUUUCGAUGGUUGAGUUGUAGUUUCCCACAGCCAAGAACUACUCACCUAUCCCCUGUGUUACACAGCGGUCGCCUACAACACGCU